UGACAAUCAAAAUAUCAUAUGUUUUCGCGACAAUGAAAAAGCAACAAACAAAGCAAUUUUUAUAAUAAGAACGAAGCAUACAAAAACAUCAAUACAAAUUAUAGUCAUUUGUGUAAAUCCUUCAAUCCUUUUUAUUUUUAAUAUUUUUAAUUCAUUUUUAUACGUGACAGGCUGAGACAUUUGCUCUAGACCUACUUGUUUACGGAUGCUGAGCUCUUUAUUUGGAUAUGGAGCCCCCAGCUAACAAUGCUGAUUACCGUGAACAAGACUAUUGGGAUACAAGGUACCAGACUGAAGAGAAAUAUGACUGGUUCUCAGCUUAUUCAUCAUUCAGACACCACCUAGUAAAUGAUGUCAAACCCGAUCACAAAAUCCUUAUGCUUGGUUGUGGAAACAGUUCUUUAAGUGAGGAGAUGUACAAUGAUGGUUACAAACAUAUCACUAAUAUUGACUUCUCUCCUAUAGUGAUAGAGAAAAUGAGAAGCAAGCAUUCUGAUUUACAUGAGAUGACAUGGGAAGUAAUGGACAUAUGUGAUUUAAGAUAUGAACCUAGCACAUAUGAUAUUGUUCUUGAAAAAGGAACACUUGAUGCUCUAAUGGUGCAUGAAAAAGAUCCCUGGAAUACCUCUACAGAAACAUUACAGAAAAUAGAUGGCAUUUUACAACAGAUUAGCAGGAUUUUAAAGACAGGAGGGAAGUUUAUCUCUAUAACAUUUGCUCAGCCACAUUUUAGGAAACCUUUAUAUGCCUGUGAUAAAUUUAAUUGGAAUAUGAACAUAUCAACAUUUGGAAAUUCUUUCCAUUUCUUUUACUUUAUGAUGGAAAAGGGGAAGCAACUCAGUGAGAAAGACAGAAUGAAUGAAAUAGAAAGACAAAAAAGAAAACAGGAUAUAAGAACAGAAAAAGUAGAGUUUAUGAAGUAUGAAGAUAAAGAGGAUUUUAUAUUUGGAAUAGAUUUGUGAUAGUAAAUUAUUUUCAAAAUAAAUAAUUACAGUCAGA